UUAGUACAUGUGAUGUGUGUAUGUGUGUGUUAUGUUUGUUUAUAUUAAACCAGUACGUGUGGACUAAUCACACAAAGUGAAAAAAAAAAACAACGUAGUUAUGGCAUUUUAGUUUAGUUUUAGUGGUAUUUUCCCAAUUUAAAAAUAGCAAUAGGUUCAACAAGGUAUCUAGUCUCAAAGGGAUACGGGAUAAGGGGUAGGAUUGAGACUAUACACGUAGGUUCACGUUCACUCGUUCGGGUCCGAAAUUACGACUAACUCAAUAUUUCCUAGUCCACCCGUAUCUGUAUGUUUAAGCGGCGCAAAUUUGGGCCAAUCACAAGCGAUAUUCAAUGGUUCUGAUGUUGGUAAUGCUGCUCGAACGGAAUUGUAAUGAAUUGUUAUAACUGGCUAAAAAGUGUAAUGUUACAGGACCAUCCCCAACUCCUGGGUUGUUACUGCUGUACUGUGUACAAAAAAAAAGUCCCACUCUCCGGCUGCGCGGUCCUUACGACUCGGCACAUUCUGACUACGGCCACGUCCACAGAACUUGUGCUUAAAGAACUUGACGAGGAUGUAGAAACUUUGGAAGGUAUUCUUGGUGCCUGGUACGAUAUUUCGCAAUAUUCAUCAAACAACAGCGUGUAUAUGACCCCUGCAAGAAUUCAUUAUCAUCCUAAAUAUAUAAUGCCAGAAAAUGUAAAUGCCUCACAUCCGAUCCCGGGAGUCUUUGAUUUGGCAGUAUGGGCAUCAACAGUUCCAUUUUAUCGACAUUACUGGGACUAUAAGUUGGGUUAUAUAAACACCUACGUAUGCAACAGAGCUGGAUCAUAUUGUGAGAAGCAGGAGGAUGUAAAGACACGGGACACAAUAGCCUUCGAGUGUGCCACUUGUCUCGGUCUUGAAAUAAUCUCAUCCAGAAGUCAUUCGCAAUCUUCCAAAAGACGUCAACCCAACGAGCUAACAGACGCCAGGCGCUUCUUCCAUCCGGAAGCGGCCACCAUUCUGUUAACGUUUUGGUCCACCUGCCAUGACUCUAGCAACAAGUCCCAUUUCCAGUUUUGUAAUGACGUUACCUACGUCUGGCAUCUUGGUGCGCCGUUGGAUCUUAUCAUUCCUAGCUUGAUCUUGAAGCUCUCUAAGUUCUCAGAGGUUAGUAUUAACCUCAUACUUUUCUUGUGCAGGCUACAAUUCGGCUCCCCGACGCUUGGCUCCGUAAAACAGCCCGUCGCCAUAAUAGUGGGAUUCCAGUUUAUACUGUGGUACAAAAGAAAACCCUCCCCUUUUUACAAAUAUGCGGUGAAAACACAGAAGUACACGGGUAAAUGUCCAAAGGUAAGCUUGAUUCGAUUAUAUCACUUUCUUGUCCAUAACCUAUACUCUGUGUCUUUAGGUAUCACCGCUGAUAUCAAACUUCAGUACUCCGGUCCGUCGUUCCCUAUACAACGAGGUGUUAAACAGGGUGAUCCGCUGUCUCCUAAACUAUUCACAAGCACCCUCGAAGAAGUUUUCAAGGGCCUGGCGGUUUCCUGGGUGGCUAAGGGAAUAGACGUCGGUGGUAGGAAGCUAUCAAAUCUUCGUUUCGCCGACGAAAUCGUUCUCUUUGCCCCUUCUGCAGCAGAACUAAAGCAAAUGCUCCAAGAUCUGAGCAACGCAAGCCUUCAGGUUGGACUUGAAAUGAACCGCGCGAAGACUCAAGUUAUGACCAACAGUAGGAAUCGUCGCAGUAUCGACGUGGACGGGCAGAGCAUACAGUAUGUUGACGAGUACAUCUACUUGGGCCAGCUAGUCUCUUUCAGUAACAGGCAAGACAAGGAAAUAGAGCGCCGUGUUCAAAAUGCCUGGAAGAGCUACUGGUCCAUGAAAGAGCUAAUGAAGGGUAACCUUCCAUUGUCACUGAAGCGCAAACUCGUUGACAUGUGUAUUCUGCCUGUUCUAACCUACGGGGCCCAAGCUUGGUCACUCACAGAGAUUCAGAAGUCCAAACUGAAGGUUUGCCAACGCGCUAUGGAGCGCAGCAUUCUAGGUAUUAAACUAACGGAUCGGAUAAGAAACACCACGCUGCGUUCAAAAACCCGCAUUGCUGACGUUGGCGAGAAAACCGCUAGGCUAAAAUGGGACUGGGCCGGUCACGUCUACCGCAUGCACCCAGAGAGGUGGGCUAGCAUAGCCACCAAGUGGAUGCUGCAUAUAUACAUACAUUAUUUUCAGACCGAAUGGGGGUGGUUCUUCUGCGUUUGGGGCAGAUGGGCUGCAUUAGGGCUAGACAGUGGUGCCGCCCUUCACAGGGCAACGCAAGGGCAAUCUUGGCUUUACGACGGCCUCCUCGGUAUGCACGCUUUCUCUAUGGACCUGAGGGCCAAAGAGCUCACCCAUUACUUCACUCCAUUGGAAAACCACGCCGUCUUGUCCUGGCUUUAUGACGCAUAUAUGGGCAGGGAGGAUUAUCGCUGGCUGGAUGAUCGUUUUGAUAACACGGAAUGGGCCGCACCGUUGCCAAAAAAAGGAGUCAAAAUCACAUGGCUAUACAAUCGUCACACAACAUUUUGGUGGUAUGACGUUGGGUUCGAGCCUCCGAUAUUUUAUAAAAAAUAACUUAGUCGAGUCUAGACUCUGGCUGGUCUGGACAUACACACACAAGUAUAAAAAGGUAGUCUAAAACAGCCUCUAGACUCUUGCUUCAACAUUCAUGUGAACAGGUACGUCUAGGGGCUGUUUCAGACUAGCUUUUUAUACUUGUGUGUGUAUGUAAUUGUAAGUGUAUCACCCUCGGCAAGCCAUUUAUCAUUAUAGUAAAUGAUUUAGGGGGAGAGUGCUGCCCUGACUUGUACCGGACCGAGUAAAAUAACCACUCUACUCAAUGUACUGAUUUCUGUCUCGAAAGUAACUAGAUAGCGCUUUAUAUGAACUCUUAAAGGCGUCUUAAGAUGUCGUGCCCGUAGCGCCUAGAACACUUUUAAGUGCGUACGUUGUAUAAGUAUAGUCGCGUGCUUUAUUAUAAGUAUAAAAAAUAAUUACUAGGUAUACUGGAAACUUUGAAGAAUACUUUGACAACGUACGCGAUAGCACUUAAAAGUGUUCUAGCCGCUACAGGCACGACAUCUUACGACGGCCCUUAAUGAUGCACCUUACUUAAUUUGUCAAUUGUGUAGCAGCCUUAAGUAGACUAUACAUUAUCUAUAACACUUGUUGUAAUGGAUCUCAAUAAAAGAUGUUGAUAAGAAGCUUUUUAUUUAACAAUAUAAAUUUACAAUAUUCGCACCCAAA